GCCAGGAUACAGGAUGGUUUCUAGCAAUGGUGGCUCCUCCAUCAUUUGUGAGAAAUGCCCAGAAACUAUGUGGAAAGAAGCACUGAUGGCAUGUUGCUUAAUGAGGCUUUGUGCAUACGUUGUAAUGGAAGUGAGCCCUCCUGGUCUGCUUCAGAUGCCUCAGGAAACAGGUGUGUAAGAUGUGAACAAACAUUCAUCAACGUAAGCAAGUCUUGUGACUGCAGCAGCCCAAAUAUUUUAACUGGGGGAUUAUGUUUCAAUGCUGCUGAAAGUUUACCCCUGAAAGGAGUUGCAACUGUUCGUUUUGGACAGCUAGGUUUAACACUGACCUCAGCCUGGUUCCUGCAAACCCUGCAGUCCUCAGCCUCUGCCUGUUGGUCACACUCUAAUCUGACAGCAUGCCAAGCUCUUGGAAAUAUGUGUGUGAUGAAUAUGAACUCCUUGAGUCCUGCAAGUGCUGAUGCCUGUGGUUUGUUUCAGUAUAUUUAUGUCAAUACAGCAAGGUUAGGCAUUGUCCAUUCAGUAGCCUUCUGGAGGCACAGCCUUCCAUGGCUAUAUUAUGGUGAUCAACCAGGAUUAGCAUCCCAAGUGCUUGAGGGAAAUCAUUUCCCUACAGUCUUCAGUUUUAAAGACACAGAUAAGGAUGUAAAGCUACAAUUCAUUGCAGCCUCAUUUGAUGCAGCAGGAAACUUUCUUAAAUGGCAAAGUCUGGAAGGAGGCAUCUUACAGCUUUGUCCUGAUACCCAAACUAAAUUGGAUGCAGCUUAUGCAUUUGGAACAACUUACCAACAAAGUUGCAAAAUUUCACUUUCCAAGAUUUUACUGGAUUUUCCUACUCCAAUCUUUUAUGACCUAUUCCUUGAAUAUAAUGGUGACAAUGGACAGGAAUCACUUUGGGCUGUGCCAGUUUUAAACUUGAAUCUUCAAUACAGUGAAAUGUUUGUUAAUCAAGGCAGUAACAUGAACAACUGGCUUUUGACUCGUCGAUUUUUCUUGGUGGAUGCACUGAGUGGAAAAGAGAACAGCUUGGGAAAGCUACCAAGAGCAGUUCGCAUUGCCAGCAAAAUAACAAUAAGGAUCCGUCUUGUGCCCCAUACUCAGAGGGGAACUAUCUACCCUCCGCUGCUUACUGUCGCUUACACAGAUGUGCUUGUCCAGAACCCUGAAACCCAGAGUGUGAAGGUUUCCUUCUCGGUCAGUUACGAGAUGAAUCAAUCGCAGGCUCAGACUGAUAUCGCCUUGGGUGUGUUGGGUGGGCUGGCAGUGUUGUGGUCCCUCCUCAAGACGACAGGCUGGAAGAGGCGUACAGGAAGCUCUGUGAUUGACUUGCAGACAGUUUUGAAGUUCCUCCUGUUCUAUGCUGGAGACCUUGCCAACGUUUUCUUUCUCAUCACAGUGGGCACAGGGAUUUAUUGGCUUGUGUUCUUCAAAGCUCAGCAGUUUGUCUCUGUCCUUUUACCACUUCCAUCUCAAGAGGAGGAUUUUGUCACAUAUAUAGCCUGUGCAUUCAGUUUAAAGGCCCUGCAAUUCUUACAUUUGCUGGUUUCACAACUUACUGUAGAUAUUUUCUUCAUUGACUGGGAAAGACCUAAGGGCAAAGUUCUUAAAGCAGUUGAAGGUGAAGGUGUUGUUAAAAGUGCUGCUGCACCUGUGAGCAUAUGGAGGACAUAUUUUAUAGCAAAUGAAUGGAAUGAAAUUCAGACAGUGAGGAAGAUAAACCCUCUCUUCCAAGUGAUUGCAGUCCUUUUCUUUCUGGAGGUGGUGGGAUUUUCAAACCUGGCUUUAAUGGAUUCUUCUUCCAGUCUUACAAGAAGCAGUGAGAGUUACAUUGCUCCCUGGAGCCGCACUUUGAGAUUUGGGGUGGCUGCUGCUCUGUGGCUGGCCAUUGCCUUCCUGCAGAUUCUAUUUUUUUCUGUAUUCUAUGAAAGAUUUGUGGAAGAUAAGAUAAGCCAGUUUGUUGAUUUGUGCUGCAUGAGCAAUAUUUCAGUCUUCCUCUUGUCACACAGCUGUUUUGGCUAUUAUAUCCAUGGGCGCUCCGUGCACGGGCAUGCAGAUACCAACAUGGAAGAAAUGAAUCUGAACCUAAAGAGGGAAGCAGAAAACCUCUGCAGUCAGAGAGGUUUGCUGCCCAACACAGAGUGCCAGACGUUCCAGAUCUCCCUGGCAAGAAGGAUGCGGCUGCACUACGACAGGAUCCAUGAAACCCUGAGCAGAAAACGUGGUCCUGCUAGGCUGGUGGACUCCUCUGCAAGUACUUUUGAGCAGAGCACAAGAGCCUACAACACCAUGAACAAGUUCCUCGGCUCUUUCAUUGAUCACGUUCACAAAGAAAUGGAUUACAUUGUAAAAGAUAAGUUGCUGCUGGAACGGAUUCUUGGCAUGGAGUUAAUGGAACCCCUGGAGAAGAGUAUAUUUUACAAUGAUGAAGGACAGUCUUUCAGUGAUGUUCUCUACUAUGGCAACGAGAGCACACUGCUCAUCUUCGAUAUCCUCUUUUUCUCCGUGGUGGAUCUGGCUUCCCAGAGUUUUGUGCUGGCAGCUAUAGUAACCUACUUGCAGCAAGAGCUGUUCCUUGUCUUCAGGUGAUUCAAGAAGGGACUUUCACCAGCAGCAACACCAUAAAUGGUGGUGGGGGUUAGCAUGCUGAUUCCAAACCAGGGACUGAGGAUGUGAUCAGUUGCACCUAGCAAACUUCCAGUGCAGGCAUGCUUGUCUGAGGUGAAGAAGCACUGGACUUCAGGUGUUUCUUGGCUUCAGAAAGAGGAAUAUGUUCUCCUGUCGAUACUACAUCAUGCCAUGAUUGUAAAUUUCAAGGGACAUGGACAUAAAUCUCAGGGCCAUUGUUGCUCCAAUGCACUCGGUUUUGGUGUUGCUGGGUAGCUUGCCAGCCCUGUGCAGUUGCUGUUAAAUGCUGGAAUGUGUCUGCUAGUAAGGCUGUGAGAAGGCAGAGGAGCAAGGAGCUGCUUUUCAGUGGGACAUCCAUCUGUUGGUGUGCAUUUUUGCAUGGGAACUCCCAUGCCAUGCUUUUCCUUGCUUUUGUCUGCAUGUGUGCGGUCCUCUGCUGGCCAAGACUGUCCCUCGAGAAAGGUGUGAGCACAACACUCCAGCAGAGUGAAAUGUCCACUAGAAAUGAAGUUAAGGUUGUUGCCUUUGUAGUCAGUGUAGUCAUUCAAGUGUCCCUUAGAUCCUGGAUCUGCUAAAACAGCCAACAUUUGCAUUUCCACUGAGUACCGUGACUGUAUAACUUCAUUAGUUGGGGGCUGUCUGUGAUACUCCUUGUCACUGAUCUACUGAGUGCCAAAGCUGUGAGCUAGGCUAAUGAGACAGCUGAAACAUAGUCUGCAGUAGGACAUCUGCAAGGCCAAGGUAGGCUCACAUGAUGUCCAUGUAUUUCUUUGGCCACUAUCUCUGCUUAGCUUAACUUAACCCAGCUGUCCAGAUCUCACCAGUCCUGCUGAAAUGUCACUGUACCAGGGGAAAUGUCCUUCUCAGCCGACCACAUUUCUUCAGGGUGACUAAAGGAGUGUAGAUGGUUGCUGUGGUCUGUGAGUGAGCAAGUAGGACCCUCAUGAAUUGCUCUCAUUCAGGUCUUGUCUUUCCAGCAGUGGGACUGUGCAUCAUUGGCUGUGAUCACAGGCACAAGGUGUGAAUUGUGAUGUGCUUACAGUUGUAGGGUUGUUCUGGGAGACAGAGGGAUGCUACCUGCAGUCAGAAUGACUGAAAUGUAGUAACCAGACUGGGUUAAAGCAGGGCAUGGCUGCCAGCAGAAUGCAGGUGUGAUUGUGUCAUCUGCCAGCAUGGUGUGAGCAGAAAUGGAGGUGUUUGAGCAUGUGGGCUCUCACACUCUACCCUGCUAUCAGUACUUUUGCUAACCAGUUACAUCUUCCCAUACCAAAAUCAUGCUCUGAGUUUGCUUUAGAUAUGCCUUUAAUUAUCUGCUGCUCAGAAGGGCAUGUGACAGCUCUAAUGGCCUUGCAGUCUGCAAGAAGCAUUGCUGGAGGCAGCUCUUGUUGCACAGAGAUGGUAAAUUCCUCUAAAACUCUCCUGUCAACACAGUUCAGACCCUUGGCUCCCUCUCUCACACUCUGCUCUGCUGUGCUUUGUUUUUCCAGGUCAUUUGUCUGAAAUGUUAAUUACAGGUAGUACAGUGAUGGGGAUAGUUCAAGUUUCUACAUGUUUCAUUUAAUCACCUCAAUCAGUCACUCAAAUCAAUCCAUUUCAUAAUUUCAGACUCUCAGAUCUGUCCCUCUCAGCAAUAAAAAAUAUUU